AUGAGCGAUGGCCCUCUAUGUACCGCUUGUUCCGUCCCAUUACGCUUGAGUGAUAAUGUCUCCUCGCUUUGCAGCGAGGAGUCUGACGUGGACGAGCAGUGGCUCCUGCGUCAUGACGACGCGGUCGAACAGAGGUUCCCGCACGAGAGAUCAGUGGUCGAACACGAACAGGUGUUCCCACCUGCAACCCUUGUACUCGAGCAGAGGCUCCCACAAGGUCAAGAUGUGGCCGAGCAGGGGCUCGCCACCGAGUGUGACGUGGAUGGACAAGAGUUCCCACGUGCGAACAUGAUGGUAGAACAGAGGUUCCCAUCAUCGCCCACUGUGGUCAAACAGAGGUUCCCACAUGAGCAAGACCUGGUCAAACAGGGGCUGCCACACGAGUUUGUGGCGGUCGGGCAGGGGCUCCCGCAUCAUGCGUCGACGGACAAGUAUGGACUACUCCCGUCGCGCGGUUUCGACGUCCUAGAUGAGGACAUCCAGCGUCUAAAAGGGGGUGCAGAUUUAACACCUGACUGCGGUUCGCCAGCUUUGAGCAUGCACCCGAAGCACGAUGGAGACGCAAGCUACGAGAACUCAGCGUUAGAAUGUGUCCACGCUAUUGUGUACGUGGACGGGAGUCCACAAAGGCGCCAAUACAUUGAGGUCGCGAGUCCACCUCGCGACGCGUCGCCGAUUACGAGCCUUCCAGGACUCUCUUGGAAGCAUUUUUCACGCGACCUCAAGGGAGGCACGGUGGAACAAGUAUGUCUGGUAUUCAACGAGGUGACGCAUGGGCCGAAUGAGGAGCGAAUGACGCGCCCUCAAAGCGCUGAACAAAAGUCAGCGCGCGAAGAAAGAUUUGCGUCGCAAUCUUGA